AUGGCGAGUGAUCCGUCGUCGUUCUCGCCAAUCGGGGUGGACGCCAUGAGCGGCGGCUACUUCAUGGCCGACAGCAGCAGCAGCUUUGGAGGAGGAGGCGGCGGCAUUAUGAGCGCCGAGGUGCCGCACUUCCACCCCGGCAUGCUUCUUGACCACGGCGGCGGCUUCGGGUUCGGCCUCGGCGACGCGGCGGUAUGCGGCGCCGGCGCUGCGACGGCGACGGACCUGGUGGGCGCGCACUACGCGGCGAACAACAUCGUGCUGGCCUCCUUCGCCAGCCAGCUCUUCGCCAACACCACAGCGCCGCAGGAUGAUCGUACCGGCGGGAGGACGCCGCCGGAGGAGAUGGACGACGACGUGUACGGCGUUCCCGGCAGCGACAGCCGCGUCGCGGCGAGCUUGCGGUGCCCCGGCCAACCGGGGGCCAUGGCGGUCUGGUCGUCGCCGCCAUCGUCGUCCAAGAAGCCGUACGGUAUCUGGACCAGCGCCGGCGGACCAGUAGCCGUGUUGGCCCAUGACCCGUACCACCUCGCCGGGGCCGGGCUCCCCGAAGCGGGAGGCGGGUUCCACUACCCGCUUGCCGCCGCCUGCAGUGGCGCCAACGAGUCCGCGGCGCCGGCGAGCAAGCUGUCGCUGACGCUGUGCUCCAACUCCAUCUCGUCCUCGGACAGCGCGCUGAACGCCGCGGAGCAGUGCUCCUCGGGAGGGAGCCGCUCCGCGCUGACCGAGCUCCCGCAGGUGCUGCACCCGCGGGCGCGCUCCCGGUCCGGGAUGGCGCCGCACUUCACCGUUGUGGUGGCGCGCUCCCGGUACGCGGCCGUGGUCCAGGAGGUGCUCAACGACGUCGUGAGCCACAUGCUGGACGGCGUCGCCGACGUGGCCGACGACUCGUGCAGCGGCGUCGACGGCGGCUCGGUCGACGCGCCGUCCGCGGUGAGCUCCAACCGGCUCAUGGUGGCCUCGUCGGCCGACGCCGGCGCGCGCUGGGGAGAGGCUCAGAGGGUCCGGAGCAAGCUCCUCAAGACGCUUCAACUGGUGACCAUUCGUUCGUUCACACUAAUAAUUAAUUACCCUGUCAAAUUUUGGAUCUUUAUUGUGUUCGACGAUGAUCUGCAGAUGGACCAGAAGUACAACCAAUGCUUGGACGAGAUCCAGAGCACGACGGCCAAGUUCAACACGCUGAUGCACUCGCCUUCGGGCAGCAACGGCGGCAGCAUAUGCGCGCCGUUCGCGCACCGCGCCGUGUCGGCGAUGUACCGCGGCCUGAGGUGGCGGCUCGCCGGCGAGAUCAUGGUGGCGGCGAGCAGGGCCAGCUGCUGGGGCGAGUCGUCGUCGUCGGUGACGGUGACCGCGGCCGGCGGCGACGUGGAGCGGAGCUGGGAAUCGGCCUUCAUACAGAAGCACUGGUCGGCGCAGCAGCUGCGGCGCGCGGAGCAGCAGUGCUGGCGGCCCCAGCGCGGCCUGCCGGAGAAGUCCGUCGCCGUGCUCAAGGCCUGGAUGUUCGAGAACUUCCUGCACCCGUAUCCCAAGGACCAUGAGAAGGAAGUGCUGGCUGCAAGAAGCGGCCUCACCAGGAACCAGGUGUCGAAUUGGUUUAUAAACGCACGGGUUCGUCUGUGGAAGCCGAUGAUCGAGGAGAUGUACCAGGACCUGAAGAGGAGCUCGGGUGCAGGAGGAGGAGGGCAGGGACCGGCGAUGCAGCAGCAGCAGCACAUCUGCACAUGA